AUGGAACAACCAAACAUGUUUGAUGAACCGAAUGCACUCGCGAUCGAGGAACCAAAUCAACACAUUAUAGUGGAGAAUCUUAACAUAGAUGUAGAAAUUGGAGAAAACAAUAACAUAUCCGGAAGUGAAAAUCAUCUUCUAAAGGCGGUGGAAGCCUUCGGUGAAGAUGAAGAAGGCGAGGCAUUAUCAAUUAUUGCAUCCUUGCUUGUUCCAACUUUGCCUUUACUUGUGCAUUUCCUUACUUCAACUUUACCUAAGUUUGCUUUCCUCUUCUCAUCUACACUUCCAUCCCCUGAUAUUCCAUCUUGGUUUUCGGUUGCUAGAGUUUCUAAUAUAGUUUCUAGGGUUCAGGUUGCUAGAGUUUCUAAUAUAGUUUCUAGAAGUAGGAACAUGUGGACUAGUCCUAACAACAAUUACAUGGUCCAAGGGCAGUCUUCAAGAAUGGGAUCAGAGCAAAACCAGAUAAGAGCAACAGUAGUUAUGCCGGGACAAGGUGGUAGCAUGUCUAGGGCCUGGAUGAAUCAUUCACAUCAUCAUCAGGUUCAUCAGCAGCAACACCAGCAUCAGCAGACACAGCAGCAGCUGCUUCCAGGGGAUAAAAUAGACAGGAGUAUGAUUUGGGAGAUUGCAAUGACAUCCAUGGAAGAGGUUGUUAAAAUGGCCGAAAUGGGGGAACCUCUGUGGAUCCCAAAUCAUUCUGAUUGCGAUAUCGGGUUCAAGUUGAAUGAGGAUGAGUAUUUUCGGAUUUUCCCCAUAGGAUUUGGACCUCGCCCUGAAAGUCUUUACUGCGAGUCCUCUCGCCACUCCACCACCCUUAAUAUUAGUUCCCAUUCUCUUCUGGAUGUUUUCAUGAGUCAGGCUAAUUGGAAGCGCUUCUUCAAUGCCAUUGUGUCAAAAGCGACGUGUUUGGAAAUCUUGUCGUGUGGAUUGUCUCCAGGAAAUUAUAAUGGUGCAUUGCAAGUGAUCUAUAUAGAGACGCAUGCGCAGACUCCUUUUGUUCCUAUCCGUGACAACAUGUUGGCAAGGUACUGUAGGCAAGUGGGUGAAAAGAAGUGGGCAGUGGUGGAUGUUUCUCUUGACAUAUUUCGGAAAUUCGACCUAGUGAAAUCGAGGAAAAGGCCUUCCGGGUGCAUAAUUGAAGAUGCGCCCAAUGGAUUCACAAACGUGACAUGGAUAGAGCACGUUGAAGCACAACACGUGACUGGUGUUCAUUCAAUGUACAAGGCUCUGGUCAGUUCCGGGUUAGCUUUUGGCGCCAAACGUUGGCUUGGUAUUCUCCAGAGCCAAACCGAUCGUCUCUUCAGUGUCAUGUCCAACACCCUGCCCUUUUCUGAUAUCAACGUGGCGAUGAGUACGGAAAGUAAAAGGAGCCAUACUUUGUUGUCUGAGAGGAUGGUAAGGAUCUUUAAUACUGGAGUGAGUGUGGCUACAGGGAAUGUUUGGAAUAUAAUUCCAUACAGUGGCCCAAAUAAAAUUAGAAUUCUCAAGAUCAGGAACACAGAUAUUUCCGGCGGUCAUCCUGUAGGGGUCAUCCUUAUAGCUACACAUUCCUUUUGGCUCAAUGUUCCGCCCAUCACUGUCUUUAAAUUUCUCCAAAACCAACAAACAAGGAGUCAGUGGGAUGUUCUUACAUCUUCUGAACAACCACUUAAAGAAAUCUCCCGCAUUGUGAUUGGCCGAGAUUCUUCUAGCAGCGUAUCUGUGCUACAACUUAACCCUGAAGUACUGGUCCUGCAAGAGGAAAAUUGGGAUCCAAUGGGAGCGUACAUUGUAUAUGCCCCGGUUGACAGCACGGCGGUGAACUUGACUUUGGUCGGAGGGGAUUCCGACUACGUGACAAUGCUUCCUACUGGUUUUGUGAUAGGUCCGGACGGUCUGGGCAAUGGAAGUGAUGGGGCCGGCUCAUUGGUAACUUUAUCCAUCCAGAUUUUGGUUGAUUCUAAUCCCAAUAUUGUGGUUGAACAGCCAUCUGUGGACACUCUUACUAAUAUGCUCAACAACACCGUGGAUAGUCUCAUGAUUGCCUUAAUGAACCAGGAAGAUGUUUUCUUUAAAUAG